UUGUAUCAAUCAUAGAUUUUUUUCGAUUUGAUUUCGUCUUUCUCCGAAGAUGUAUACAAAACCUCACACAAUACCAUUUUGAGACAAUGGAGAAAAGUUUUCGAUUCCAUCCCUCUAUCAAUUUGAUGUUGUUGACAUAUUCGAAUUGAAAAGUUCCAAUGCAUUUCAAAGGGUUGGUCAAAAAAUGGAUCAAAAGAUGGACUUUCUGAUUUAAAUGGUUAUCGCCUAAUCAUUUAAUUAUGGGGUGGCGCUCUGUUAGCUAAGCGAUCACCGGCAAAUCCCAGGCAGAAUCAAAAACGCGCCUGGUGAGAAAUCAAUCAGCUUCCCAUCCAUAUCAACAUUUGAAUAGGUAAACACAGAUAGAUACCAAUUCAUUCAUCAUAAUUUCAUGCGAAUAACUUCUUCGCGGAAAGGAAAAGGAAAAGGAAAAGAAGAGAAAAGGAUUUUUAUCAUUCGCUAAUCUUAUUACAUUUACAUUCCACUUCCAACAGAAAAGAGUAUCAUCCUUGUUGUUCAACAUUAACUGAACAUCGAUCGCUUUCCAUUUACAGCAGCGCGCGAAACUUAUCAAUGUUUUAACAAACAGGUGAAUUUCGACGAAUCACCAUCGCUUUUUAAACAUCUUCCUUUACGGUCUUUGAAAUUCGAAGCUACAUAUAAUCCCCACUCCCCGCUAUGCCAGCGAAGAACCGCAAAUUGGAAUUCUUCGACCCUAAUAAAUCCGACUCCAACGACGACGAUUUCUCCCCUUCCGAAGUCGCUCCACGAAAGGCUGCAAGAAAGUCAAAGUCUCAACCGCAAAAGAAAGCAGGUUCGCGAAAAAAGAAUAAAUACAAGGAUUCAGAUAUUGAUGAGGAUGAUGAAAGUGUGUCGGAAGAAUCAUUCAUAGAAGAAGAAUCCGAGGAAGAAGAUUUCGAAAUGAACGAGAAGACUGGAAGAGCUGUGCGGAAAGCCGCGAAGAAAGCUGUCACUUAUGAGGAGGAUAGUAAUAGUGAUGUUGAUUUGCUUCAGGAAUCCGAGGAAGAGGUCCGUCCGAAGAAGUCCAAUAAGCGAACGCGCGUGGUAGACGACGGCGAGGACGAGGACGAAGAUGAAGUCGAGGAACCCAUUUCGAAGCGCAACAAGACAGCGCAGAAACCAGUGGAGAAACCAACGGAAAAGAAAAAAUUCAUGGUAACACUUAAGAUGCCAACCGGAAGUACACCCGCUCGAAGAACAAGAGCUGGUAGCGCCGCAAAAGCUCGAGCAAGCGCUGAACCUACAUCUGCUGGACUUAGAAGGAGCACUCGCGCGCGUACCGAGGAAGGUGAAGAUUUUCCUUCUUUAUCAAACUCCGGCAGGCAUGUCAUUCGGGCUUCGAGAUCACCAGAGCCGAUUGGUCGCGUGAGAGCCACUAGAGGAGCGAAGGGCCUCAAAAAACCUGCUGCUUCUACUAUCAAAGAAGAGGCGCACGAGACGAGCUCAUACGAAGACCCGCAACAGGAUGCCGAAGGCGAAGACGAUAUUGUAAUGCAACCUGAGAUAGUCGGAACAGAUGAUGGAGAAGAAGAUAAUACCGAGCCACUUGCACCUAUCCCUCCUGCUGAUGCGCCAGCCGAUGAAGAUAUGGUGGACGAACUCGCCGUUAAUGAAACGCCGACAGAAAAACCAGCCGGCCAUGAUGAGGAUGACGACGAUGAACCAGUCACAAGGACUCGCACAAGAGCCUCUAGAUCAAGUAACGCGGGCCAAAUCACAGAAGAAACAGUAGAGACAACCGAAACUUCAGCUACUGCUUCUCGACGCCUCAGAACUCGAGGUUCGAAGAGAAAUAAAGAUGAUGGGAGUGAUUUUACACCUGAAGGCGAGGGCUCCGAGGAAGAGAUGACUGCAUCUGAAGCUUCGCCAAAGAAAGGCGGGGAUGAUGAUGGCGAUUAUUCUAGCUCUUCUAGGCCUGGAAGGAAUACAAGGCGAGCGAAGUCCAAGAGCACUUCUCGAAGACGUGGUAAUGUAUCCGACGACGAAGAUGAGUUAGACGCAGAAGAAUUGGCAGAUGAGCUUCAAGAACUUAGGCCAUCUCGACGACGCAAUCGCGAACCGGAAAUCGCGUACGAGCCAAAAGGUCGUCGUGAACGGAAGCAAGUCGACUACAAAAUCAUGCCAAUGGACCAAAUAUACGCUCAAGAUGACGACGUAGAAGACCCAGCACCAAGUCCAUCCCGUAGAGGUCGCGGCGGUCGUGGACCGGCAAGCAAACCAUGGGAACACAAUCUACAUGCCACAUAUGGUCCGUUUGGAGGUGGACUUGGACCACCUCCGCUUAUUAGUGGUCCCUGGGGUAAUGGUGCUACUGGUGGUGUUGAUUCGGACGAUAGCGACGACGAGAACAUGCAACGUCCAGCUGCUCCCGGUGUUGGUAUGACACCUACCUCUGCCACUAUGGGGAGGCCCGGUUUGCUUCCCCCAAUGCCACAGGCAAAUCAACUUGAUCAAACGCCAAUUGGAAUCGGUGCACAGGUAGGAAAAGUCAAGAGUCAGAAAGCCCUCGCAGAUGCAGACCCUCUCGGCGUCGACAAAAAUGUUGAUUUUACCAAAGUCGGUGGACUUGAUGGUCACAUUGAACAGCUCAAAGAGAUGGUACAAAUGCCUCUAUUGUACCCCGAACUUUUUCAAAAGUUUAACGUGACGCCCCCACGUGGUGUGUUGUUCCAUGGUCCACCAGGUACUGGUAAAACCCUUUUAGCCAGGGCUCUGGCGGCCACUGUUGGUACAGGUGGUCGCAAAGUCACGUUCUAUAUGCGAAAAGGUGCUGAUGCUCUUAGCAAAUGGGUUGGUGAGGCCGAGAGACAGCUUAGAUUGUUGUUUGAAGAGGCGAGGAACACCCAGCCAAGUAUCAUCUUCUUCGAUGAAAUCGAUGGUCUUGCUCCUGUUCGAUCAAGCAAGCAAGAGCAAAUUCAUGCUUCUAUUGUUUCCACGCUCUUGGCACUCAUGGAUGGCAUGGAUGGUCGAGGGCAAGUCAUUGUCAUUGGAGCAACGAAUAGACCCGACAACAUUGAUCCAGCCUUGAGAAGACCCGGUCGAUUUGAUCGAGAAUUUUAUUUUCCAUUGCCUGAUAUUGAAGGUCGAAAAUCAAUCAUCAACAUUCAUACUAAGGAUUGGGGUAUUGAUGAUUCGUUCAAGACUUCUCUGGCUCAAGUUACCAAGGGAUAUGGUGGUGCUGAUCUUCGUGCUCUUUGUACACAAGCUGCCCUCAAUUCUAUUCAGCGUUCGUAUCCCCAAAUAUAUUCCUCCAAUGACAAGCUUCUUGUGGAUUCUUCGAAAAUUAAGGUUACGGCCAAGGAUUUCAUGAUAUCGGUCAAGAAGAUUGUACCAUCAUCUGAACGUUCAACUUCUUCCGGAGCCAAGCCAUUACCAAAGAGUGUCGAACCUCUACUUCGAGAACAACUCAGCGCAAUCGAAGAGAUUGUUGAUAAUCUAAUUCCCAUUAAGAAGAAGACAACGGCGUUGGAAGAAGCAAUGUAUGAACAGUAUGACGAUGAUGAUCAAGGAUUUGCUCGAGAAGAAAUGCAACAAGAGUUUGAAAAGUCACGAGUGUUCCGUCCAAGAUUACUCAUUGAUGGUGAGCCUGGCAUGGGUCAAGGAUAUCUUGGCGGUGCCUUGUUGAAUCAUUUCGAGGGAUUACAUGUCCAGAGUUUCGAUCUUCCGACUAUAUAUUUAGACUCUACUAGGGUUUGUUUUCCCUCCUAACAGUCUUUUUCUUGGAUCAUAUACUGACGUUAAAUUAGUCGCCGGAGACAGCUAUCGUUCAACUGUUUGCUGAAGUCAAACGUCAUAAGCCAAGCGUUAUUUACCUUCCAGAAAUUGACACUUGGUAUCGUACACUUCCAGAAAAUGUGAUAACCACGUUCCUUGGACUUCUCAAUGCUAUUCCCCCUACAGACCCUGUUUUAGUGCUCGGCAUAACAAACGUCGGCCCGGAUAAGGUGAAUCCGAAAAUGUUGCGCAAUAUAUUUGGUUUUUCAAAACACAACCAGUUCACCAUCAAUCGGCCGUCAAGGGUAAGCAUCAUUCCAGUUUUUGUAUGGUUUAAAAUUAUUAACGAAUCUUAGAAAUCGCGAGAGGAAUUCUUCCAGAGCAUUAUUUCGUAUUGCCGAAAAGCGCCAAACGAGUUUCCUGACCCAGCUAAUCGUAAGAAGCGUAAGCUAGAACCGCUUGCACUGGCUCCACCACCGCCGCCGCCAAAAGGUCCUUCCAAGGAGGAAAUUAAAGCAAGAUUAUUGGCUGAUCGCCACAUAUUGAAUCUUUUGAAAGUGCAGAUUCAGCCCAUCAUGGAUCAGAUCCAUAGAAGGUAUAGAAAGUUUCGGCAACCUAUUCUUCCACAAAAUCAGAUCCAAUAUCUCUUGGACGAAAAAGAUCCAAAUUUUGUCCGUCCAGAUGUACCUCAAUUCCGACCAUUUGAAUUGGCUGUUGACAAAAAAGGGGUGCAAUGUCUACGUGAAACUGCGACCGGAAAGAUUUGUUACAAUCUAGAUACCACAAUAAUCGAGGAACGGCUAGUCAAUGGUUUCUACGCUCGACCAAAAGACUUUGUAUUCGAUAUCAAAACUCUUGUUAGAGAUGCCAAAGCUUUUGGUGAUAAAGAUCGACAGCUCAGGGCCAAGGAAAUUCUUGCUAAUGUUGAAGUUGAUCUUUACGCGAUGGAAUUUGAUCCUAAGUUUGCUGAUUGCGAGAAUUUAUAUCAACGACAAUUACAACGAGCUAAGGAAGCGGAGGAGGCAAGUAGGAAGAAGGGUCAAGAGGUAGAACUUGGGAUAGAUUUAGUGCGGUCGGAUAUCCUCUCUGAAGAAGCGAGCUCGAGAGCAAUAAACUUAAGCCAAACUAUUCGUGGUCGACGCCCGGUCUCUGAUGCUCCACCUUUCCAAACGCCCAGCGCUCCUCUCUCCAACGGUCAUUCAAUAGCUUCAAGCUCUCAGCAGCCUACAGUCAAUGGAUCUUCUGUACCGUCCAGAGCGAGCGGUGAAGAUAUUAUGAUAAGCGGGACAAACGACAAUGCCUCGGAUUAUUCACAGGGUUCUCCUGCUCUUCCUCGUCAGCAGUGGCCACCCAAGGUAUCAAUGGCUCCUUCGAGCAUCUCAAACCGUGCCACUGGGUACAAUUCUCAGCGAUCUGCUUUCCAGGAGAUUUCGCAUGACGCGUCUCUAAAUUCGUUGAUCAACAACGCUUCCCCAACAACUUCCGGAAAGAAAACAUCAGACACGACGACCUCCAAGAGGGCCUCGAAUAAUUGGAGUACACAAGCUACAAACGGUACUCGUCUGGGUGCUUCAAGUCCGAUAGACGGGCAAAGACCAGAUGCUGACCUUCCGGAAACGCAGCGGCUGUCACAGAGUUUAAGCACGCAAACCACAAAUGUGGCCGAGGGAGAUAAAAGCAGUGGCGAGGAGUGGCUUCAUUCACAAGCACAUGCUCUCGCGCGCGGUGAUCUUGGAUUCCCAUCUCAGACACCAAGCACACACAAUUCACAAGAAAGGCCCCCUGUACCACACUUUGAUGCCCCCUCACGACCAUCUGCAUCCAAGCCUUCUCAGAAUAGCGGCGCGGCUGACGACUCGCUAAUUGAAGCCAACUAUACGCAGUCAUCUUCGCCCAAGGAAUACAUCAUGACAGAAUACUAUGCAACUGAACUAUUAGAAAAAUUCACAAAUGGAUCAAGCGGUUGUUCGAUUGAACAAUUGGAACAAAUUUACCGCGAAUUAAUGGACUAUAUAUGGAAGAUGAGAGGGGAGUGGAACAGGAAUCAGAUUUGCGUCAGAUUGACUGGUAUUUUCAAUGAAACCAUAUUGGAUAUCGAGGCAAUGCAAAAGGUUUUAAAACCGAGUCAGGAAGACCACCCGGAAUCACUUCGCUCGACUCAGGAGUCGUCGUAAUCGCAUUGUCUUGAGGUAUUGGAAAUAAUGGAGGCUGAAUCAGGAAUUGAGCAUGGCGCUAGACAGGGUUUUCUUCAUUACAAAUUGGCUUGAUAACUGAUAUCGUGUGGAAAUGUAUUUUAUCGUAUAGCCUAAAGAAAGCAUAGGCUCAAGCAUAUGUGUCUAUUAAUUUGGUAUGAUUUGAUGAUGCUUAUGUUUAA